UUGCAGAUGAUGGGUUCCCGAAAAAUAGAUAAUAUGGAUGUCCUCAGUUGUCAGCCUUCUAACUAACCUAAUUUAUAUAUAAUGGCUUGAAAAAGAAUUUUCUGGAAUGUUAAGAUCUCUGUUGGAGGAAGUUAAGUGACAGCAAGUUGGUAAUUGUAGUGUUAUUCUAAAGACAGUAUUGCAUAAUGCAAUAAAAGCGCUAGCGUGGAACUGCAGAUAUGUCGAAAACCGCAGUCCCAAAUGUGGAUAUGGAUUUUGGAAGGUCGAUAUGCUUUUCCGCAAAAAUUUGCUCAUUGAAGCGAACAUAUAAUACAAGAUUUUGUUGUCAGGCAGUUUCACAUAAGGAGUGGUAGGGCCGAAAUUGGUCACUGUUGCGGUUGAUGGCAGAACAGGCCAAUGUUCUGGAAUUAGUAAUCAUUCUUCGCUGGGGACCAUAAAACACGUGAAAUUUGGCAUACCGCGAAAGAAUGUAUAUUGCAUAGUCUCCGACGAUUAGAUUUUGGAAUUUUGUUGAGGAUUUGUAAUUGGUUAUGUUCAGUGCUUCAUGUGAGUUGAAUAAAGUGCGAAAUCAGUGGUAUGAAUCCUCCUGAUGUUGAUUGCUUACAUGUCAAACCUUAUUGUUGGUGAUAACAAUGCCUGAUAACUAGUUCACGACUAAAGUUCGUUUUAUUUCCUAAACAACACAUUGUUUACACAACAGGGAUGCAUUCUUCUUACCUCUUCACAAGGAGAAUGGCAUCAACCGUUUGUUCUAUGAUUUUUCAGAUGUAAACUGAUGGAAUUUCAGUUAGCAUGGAUUUUCGCUACUCUUCAGAUGCGAGGAGUGAAAAUUCAUUUAAAAUUGCAUAUUUCUACUAUUUCGUUGGGGUGAAUCUGGAUUGCAUGCUUUGAUGAGUCUGGAUUUAUCUUCAAUCUUGCUGUUUUUACUGCUCGCAAUCUUUAAAAUCAUUGGAAGAUAUAGCAGUCGGCGUUAGCUCUUCCGAAGUAAUAUGCAAGCACAUUGAGGAUUUAUAAACUUUAGUACAUUAGGAGACGUACUAUAUAUAAUGCUCAAAUGUGGGAUGAAAUAUCAUUUCAAAUUCCGCCAUUUAAUAAACAAAGCUAAACUAGUGUUGCAUGCAAACAUAGAUACAUCGUAUGUCUGUAUUGGAAUACUUCCGGAAAAAUUGAUCGCACAAUAAUAUGGACCGCAUUCAGUUGCUAAGGAUUAAUUCGUGGAUUGCCUCAUGUCAAUUUGCAUAUUUGUUUGAUGGUUCAUAUCAUUCACAUCAACUAAAGGAGAAUUCUUUUUGGAUAGGCGUUGCUGGUAUUGGCUUUAUAGCUUUGACAUAUCUUAUCGCUAAGAUUUAUUCAGACAAAAUUAAGGGACGUUUGCUGUGUCCUAAAAAGAAAACUAAGCAUUUUAUUGCUGUUCGUGCUGUACAACGUCAAAAAUCAAUAUUGACAUUCCAGAAGUUCAGUAGAGCCGGAAGAGUUCAUACUGAGAGUUCAGAAAAGAUCCUGACAUGUCCGAUCGAACCUUUGAGGGAGCAGCUGACAAAACGAGUGCGAAUGGCAGUUGAAGGAUGCAAAGAUAAGUUGGACAGCAGGUCAUCGUCUAGUUCACCAAAGAUUGAGAAACCGUUCUGUGCUUCACUUCCAUCCAUUUCAAGUCCAUCUCGAGUGCAGAGGCGGAAAACGCUAUAA